AUGAGCUACGGAAGGCCGCCGCCAGACGUCGAGGGGAUGACCUCCCUGAAAGUAGACAACCUCACUUACAGGACGUCGCCCGAGACCCUGCGCCGAGUUUUUGAGAAAUACGGUCGCGUGGGGGACGUUUACAUCCCUCGAGACCGCUACACCAAGGAGAGCCGUGGCUUCGCCUUCGUCCGGUUCCUCGACAAGCGUGACGCCGAGGACGCAAUGGACGCCAUGGACGGCGCGCUGCUGGAUGGGAGAGAGCUGAGGGUCCAGAUGGCCCGCUACGGACGACCACCAGACUCCAUGUACAGCCGAAGAGGACCUCCACCUCGUCGGUACGGAGGUUAUGGACGCAGAAGCAGGAGGUACUGUUGA